UGACUGCGGGCACUUUGAUGAAUCACGGGUGUUGAGGCCCUCUUAAAGAGAUAGGCACCAACUUUCUCCACCCUAAACACCGCCCUGAGGGCGGCGGCGGCGGUCGUGAUAAUUGCAGCUGCUCUCAGGGGCAAGGCUUGUCCCAGCGCCGAGUAGAGGCAACGGCGUGUGGCGUCUGGGGUGCCGGGGAGCCCGGACUCCCGGGGGCCUGAAAUCGGCAGCUCCCUAGACAGACACUCCCCCUCAGGAAGAGGUGCUGCCGAAUCAGCGCGGGGCAGCGGGACCGCCCCGAGGGGCUUCCUCAGUGGAGGAGAGGUGGGGUUACAGGGCACAGGUGACAGGGCCGGAGAAAGAUGGAGCAGCCCGGGGCGGCGGCGUCGGGAGCGGGAGGCGGCAGCGAGGAACCCGGUGGGGGCCGGAGCAACAAGCGGAGCGCGGCGAACCGGGCCGCCACCGAAGAGGAAACGAAAAACAAGCCCAAAUUGAACAUUCAAAUAAAAACUUUGGCAGAUGAUGUGCGUGACCGAAUCACAAGUUUUAGAAAAUCUACUGUCAAAAAAGAAAAACUUCUUAUUCAACAUCCUAUUGAUUCGCAAGUUGCAAUGAGUGAAUUUCCAGCAGCUCAGCCAUUAUACGAUGAACGAUCUUUGAAUUUGUCAGAAAAGGAAGUACUGGAUCUUUUUGAAAAAAUGAUGGAGGACAUGAACCUUAAUGAAGAACGAAAAGCUCCUUUACGAAACAAAGAUUUUAUCACAAAGCGAGAGAUGGUUGUCCAGUACAUUUCUGCUACAGCCAAAUCUAUAGUUGGAAGUAAAGUUACGGGAGGGCUGAAAAACAGCAAACAUGAAUGCACCCUGUCUUCACAAGAAUACGUUCAUGAAUUACGAUCUGGUAUUUCAGAUGAGAAACUUCUUAACUGCCUAGAAUCUCUGCGGGUUUCUUUAACCAGCAAUCCUGUCAGCUGGGUUAACAACUUUGGCCAUGAAGGUCUUGGACUCUUAUUGGAUGUGCUGGAAAAGCUUCUGGACAAGAAACAGCAAGAAAAUAUUGACAAGAAGAAUCAGUAUAAACUUAUUCAGUGCCUCAAAGCAUUUAUGAAUAAUAAGUUUGGAUUGCAAAGGAUUCUAGGAGAUGAAAGAAGUCUUUUACUAUUGGCAAGAGCAAUUGACCCCAAACAACCCAACAUGAUGACUGAAAUAGUAAAAAUACUUUCUGCUAUUUGCAUUGUUGGAGAAGAGAACAUUCUAGAUAAACUUUUAGGGGCUAUAACUACAGCAGCAGAAAGAAAUAACAGAGAACGAUUUUCACCAAUUGUGGAAGGAUUAGAAAAUCAUGAAGCUUUGCAAUUACAGGUGGCCUGCAUGCAGUUAAUAAAUGCCCUUGUCACUUCGCCUUAUGAUCUUGAUUUUCGAAUACAUUUAAGGAAUGAAUUCCUCCGUUCAGGACUAAAAACAAUGUUACCAGAUCUCAAAGAAAAAGAGAACGAUGAGCUUGAUAUUCAGUUGAAAGUAUUUGAUGAGAACAAAGAGGACGACCUAACUGAAUUAUCACAUCGUCUCAGUGACAUUCGAGCAGAAAUGGAUGAUAUGAAUGAAGUAUACCAUCUUCUGUAUAAUAUGUUGAAGGACACAGCUGCUGAAAAUUACUUAUUAUCCAUUCUACAACAUUUUCUGCUCAUCCGAAAUGAUUAUUAUAUCAGGCCACAGUAUUACAAAAUAAUUGAGGAGUGCGUUUCACAGGUAGUGCUGCACUGCAGUGGUAUGGAUCCAGAUUUCAAGUACAGACAAAGAUUAGACAUCGAUUUAACUCAUCUGAUAGAUUCUUGUGUGAACAAGGCAAAAGUUGAAGAAAGUGAACAAAAAGCAGCGGAAUUUUCAAAGAAGUUCGAUGAAGAAUUUACAGCUCGACAGGAAGCUCAAGCUGAGCUUCAGAAAAGAGAAGAAAAAAUCAAAGAGCUUGAAACAGAAAUCCAGCAACUUCGAACCCAGGGACCUGGACUCGCAGGUGCGUCAGGAACUCCUCCAUUGCCGGGUGCUGGGCCAUCCCUACCCCCACCCCCACCACCGCCACCUCUACCUGGAGGAGCACCUCCUCCCCCGCCGCCCCCUCUUUUACCUGGAGUGACCGGUGGUAUACCACCACCACCAGCACCACCACCUUUGUUUGGCGGAUCUCCUCCACCACCCCCCCUUGGAGGAGUUCCUCCUCCCCCAGGAGCACCUGUUGCUUUGCCUUAUGGAAUGAAGCAGAAAAAACUAUAUAAACCUGAGGUGUCCAUGAAGAGAAUCAAUUGGUCAAAGAUUGAACCCAAAGAAUUAUCUGAGAACUGUUUCUGGUUAAAAGUUAAGGAGGACAAGUUUGAAAAUGCAGAUCUCUUUGCAAAACUGGCACUGAAUUUUGCUACCCAGAUAAAAGUUCAAAAGAAUGUAGAAGCUUCAGAGGAAAAGAAGAGCCUACCUGCAAAGAAGAGAGUGAAAGAGUUGAGAGUUUUGGAUGCCAAAACAGCCCAGAAUCUGUCGAUCUUCCUAGGGUCAUAUCGUAUGCCAUAUGAAGAUAUCAAAAACAUUAUCCUGGAGGUCAAUGAAGACAUGUUGACUGAGGCCUUAAUUCAGAACCUCAUAAAACAUCUUCCUGAGCAGAAGGUACUCAAUGAGUUAGCACAGCUGAAGAAUGAGUAUAAUGAACUUUGUGAGCCUGAACAAUUUGGAGUUGUGAUGAGCUCAGUGAAAAUGUUGCGGCCUCGUCUCAAUAGCAUUCUUUUCAAACUCACAUUUGAAGAACACAUAAACAACAUCAAACCAAGCAUCAUAGCAGUAACGCUUGCCUGUGAAGAACUGAAGAAGAGUGAAAGCUUUAACAGACUUUUAGAGUUAGUUCUUUUGGUUGGGAACUACAUGAACUCAGGCUCAAGAAAUGCCCAGUCUUUGGGUUUUAAGAUCAACUUCCUUUGUAAGAUCAGGGAUACUAAAUCAGCAGAUCAGAAAACAACCCUCUUGCAUUUUAUUGCUGAAAUUUGUGAGGAGAAAUACCGGGAUAUCCUGAAAUUUCCUGAAGAACUGGAACAUGUAGAAAGUGCAAGCAAAGUUUCAGCUCAAAUUCUGAAGAGCAACCUUGUAGCAAUGGAACAACAUAUUGUUCGUCUGGAAGGUGACAUCAAGAAAUUCCCCCAAACAGGAAAUCAGCAUGAUAAGUUUGUGGAAAAGAUGACGAGCUUUACAAAGAGUGCCAGAGACCAGUAUGAGAAACUGCUCACCAUGCACAACAACAUGGUAAAGCUCUACGAGAAUCUUGGAGAAUACUUCAUUUUUGAUUCUAAGACCGUGAGCAUAGAAGAGUUUUUUGGUGAUCUCAGCAACUUCCGAACUUUGUUUCUGGAAGCAGUGAAAGAAAACAACAAGAGACGAGAAAUGGAAGAGAAGACUAAGAGGGCAAAGCUUGCAAAAGAGAAAGCUGAACAAGAAAAGUUAGAACGCCAGAAGAAAAAGAAACAACUCAUUGAUAUAAACAAAGAGGGCGAUGAGACUGGCGUGAUGGAUAAUCUUCUAGAAGCCCUACAAUCAGGUGCAGCGUUUCGAGACCGCAGAAAGAGGAUUCCCAGGAAUCCAGAUAACAGACGAGUACCUUUGGAAAGGUCACGCUCUCGCCACAAUGGAGCUAUUCCAGCUAAGUGAUUCCUGAUGCCAAAGAAUAUCAAAAUACUUAAGUAAACAAAACCACGCAUUUUGAGAAGAACAAGACAAGGGGAUGGAGAGGAAAGAAGUGCAUUUCUGCAAAGAUCAAGCCAAGCCGAUGAAACAGCCUGCAUUUGUAAAGCUAUUAUUGCAAGACUCCUCCUACAAUUAUACUAAUAUGAAUAUAAUUACUGGGAUUACAAAAUGUGUGUUCCAUUUUAGUGUAAAGAUCUGUAUUGUUUCUUACUGCGUGUGACCUGAUGGUGAUGAUGAAAAAUUAAGAAAUGGAAGAGUUCUAAGGCUUUCAAAAACAUUCUGUCUGUCAAAAAUUUACUGUUACUCAAAUUUGCAGGUCACUCCCCUCCCACCCCCUGCCCCCCCAAAAAAGGAAGAAAAGAGAAAAGGAAUAGAAGGAAUUAUUCGAGGUCUGCUUCUGAUUGCUGUAAUGUAGAAAAGGAAAAUGUUAAUAAUUUGGAGAGGCACUAAUAUUGCACUCUGUCAGAGAAGCCAUUUUGGAAACUCAAAACAAGUAACUGCUUCACCCCCGUCAAGAUAUUUAGAAUCUGAUCUCAAGUGAAAGCUGAUGGAUUCAUCUGCUUUGGCUGAAAUUAAACUUAGACUUCAACGAGAGUUUCAGUAUGAUAUUGCAGGAACUUAUCGCUAAAAAUACACCAAAGGUUAACAGAAGCAGUUAGAGAAAGUGGUUUAAACUUCAUUUAAGGAAGUAUUUUCUAAUUAUGCACAUAUACCUGAGAUACUUUAUACAAAUAUUUUAUAUGGCUAUUUUUGAGAAAAACCACAUUUUAAUGCUAGGAAUGAACCUGAAAAUUCUAUUACCUUCAUUUAGAUUUUUAAAGGUAAAUAUUGAUUCCUUAUCUCUGUGGUUUAUUUCUUCUCUGCAUCGCUUUUUUCUCCCAUGACCCUCUUGACAACGGGGAAUAGAGUUCUAGAAGACCUGAGAGGAAAAAGAUUUCUCUCUGCAGGAGGCAGCAGAAAACUAAAAGGUCAAUUGUUUUAUCUGCCUUUAUACUCCCCUUUCCAAUUCUGCCUUGGUGGUCUGAAGAAGAAAAAGAAAUUAUAUGUAUGUACGUAUGUGUAUAUAUGUGUAUAUAUUUAUAGCUCCUGCUACAGUAAUUCCACACCCCAGUGAACUUCUCAGGCAUCAUCAUACUUACUUACAUUAACAAAAUGAUGCUACCAUAAACAACUCUAGGAGGAGAAUAGGCUGGCUCUACAUUCUUCUUAAAUCGAUGAGGGAGUACGAGUUAUACUUGUGUAUUAUUUUCAAAUAUACAUUGAAAUAAUAUGGUAUAACUUCUCUGGAGUGCAAUUUUAAGAUUGAUUCAUGCAGAUGAUUGUGACAAUUGUGAAAGAUUUCUCAUAUGUAUAUAUCUUAUAUAGAGAAUCCCAUCUCAACUCCUCCGAAGCCCCUUCUAGACAUUCAGAGAGAGAAAAGGACUGUCGGGGCAAGUCACCACCACCUGAGAUAAACAAGUGACCAAUAGCUCAGUUUCCUUUAUAUAGAUGUAUAAUGAUUCAAACUGCUGCCUUUGCCUCCAGUGCAUUCUUACUUGGGUAUUAUACUUUAAAAAGCUCUGAAGCUGCUACAAUAGAGAAAUCAAAAAGAAUAACAGUAUCUGAGAUGGUAAAUAUUAAGACAGGCGCAUAGGCACAUACAGUUUUUAAGGGACAUAUCCAUUUCACACACUGUUUUUUUAACAACAACAAAGAUUUAGGUUCUACUAAUUUAUGUAAAUGCGUAAUGUAUGUAUUUUUGACUUCACAAAGUCUUUUCUGAACUCUUCAUGGUAUGGCUUCUUUGAGUCUUUUGAUAGCUUUUUAGGCUGUAGGAAAAUGAUAUUUUGAAAUAGUAACUAUGACUGAAAUUUAGGGGCAUUUGCCGUGCCCUACUGUCAGGCUGGUCAAGGUAGAAAUACUGAUGUGUAUCACCUUUUCCAGAUGUGAACCUGCCUUAUUUUUUAGUUUGUGAAAAAGAAUGAAGCACUAUUAUUGAUAAAUUAUAUAUUUGUAUUUAGAGUAAUCCCACAUGCUUUCACAAACAUUAUGAAGCCUUUUCAGGGUCUUUCACGAAGUUCUGAUAAUUGAGUUCAGGGGAUUGCUUCCCGGAUUUAUAAUGAUCCGGCUCUAGCCAUUUGCAGUUUUGUUUUAGAUAGAAAAGUAUCACCUCCAAAAGUACAUAGUGACAUUUUUAGUAUAGAACCAAAUUAUACUAAAGUCAAAAGUAUAGUUGGGUGUACUAUUACCACAUGUGAGAAGCACCAGUUUAUGAAGAUUUUCUCUGGAAUGUUUUUAAAAAGUACAAAACCUUUAACAUGUUUACUAGUUAUAUUAGUUUCCUUUAGCUGCUAAAGCCAAUUACCACAAACUUGGUGGCUGAACACAUCAGAAAUUGAUUCUCUCAUGGUUCUGGUGGCCAGAUAUUCCAAACCAAAGGCCAAGUUCCCUCCAGAGGCUCUAGAGGAACGUCUUCCCUUGCUUCUCCCAGCUUGUGGGGGCUGUUGGCACCCCUUGGGAUACGGCCACAUCUCUCUCUGCUCCAUCUUCACAUUACCUUCUCUGCCUCUCUCGUAAAAGGACACACUUAUGUUGGCAUCUGGGCCCCACCCAGAUAAUCCAGGAUUGUUUCCUCUGAAGAUCCUAAAUUUAACUACAUCUGCAAGACCCUUUUUUCCAAAUAAGGUCACAUUCACGGGUCCUGGGGAUUAGGAUGUGGAUAUCUCUUUUUUGGAGGUGACCCUUGGCCCACUGCAGUCUGCCUUCUGCCCCCCACCCCCCAAAUUUAGGUCUGUCCCCUAUGCAAAAUAAUCACGCCAUCUCAAAACUCCCAAAAGUCUCAACCCAGUUACAGCCUCAAGUCCAAGUCUAAACUCUCAUCUGAACACCAUACAUUCAAAAGUCCAAAAUCUCAUCACCUAGAUCUUCUUAGUCAACUAUUGUUAAAAUUCCUGGGGCAAAAUUCCUCUCCAUCUGUGGACCAGUGAAACAAGACAAGUCAUCUGCUUUCAAAUUACAGAGGUGGGACAGGAGGCAUUGGAUAAUAGUUAUGGACUGUCCUCUUCCAAAAGGGAGACAGUAGAAAGGAGUCAUCCGUCCUGAUGAUCUUCAGAAUUCAGCCAGCAAAGUCCUCCUACGUUUCAAGGCCUGACUAUAAUCCUCCUUGUCUCCGGCCUGCAGCUCUGUCCUCGUGGUUCAUGGAUUGAGUCCCUCCCUUUCUGCCCGCGGCUUGCACUUCCUGUCCCUGCUCCCAUGCUUGAGCCUCUGCUUCUGUACCUGCAGCUCUGUCCUAUGAGUGGUCCUUUAUAUUGAAGGGUAGCACAUGUUUGCAGUUUUAUCAGCCUGUGUCCUGCCUGUAAAAUUUUGGUCGUCCGACAACCAAAAAUUUUGUCCCAUCUCUGUCCCUUUCAGGCCAACCUAGAAGUGUUUCUGCUGGUAUAACACUCUCAAAAAUUUUGUGGGCCUCCCACGUAUGUCACAUUGAUUCAAUAGUGAGGUAAGAGACCUCACAGAUUUUUGCCAGAUAACACCAUUUCUAUUCCUGGCUUCUAUUGAGAUAGCUGAAUGGAUCCAUGAGGUAGUGCUUGAUCUCUCCAGCACAAAGGUUGUCCAGCCACACAGUUGGCUUUAUCUCCACAGCACACCAUCCUCACGGUGAAUCUCCUACUUUUAGCAUCUUUUACGAUCUGAAUAGGCUCAAAAUUUCCUGAGUCAUCAAGUGCUGACUCCUUUAUACCUAACAGUUCUUUCCUCAAUUUCUCCCUUUCCUCUUGUAUUUUAUUAUAAGCCCAAGAAGAAACUAGACCAUACUUCCAAUGCUUUACUUGGAAAUCUCAGCUGAAUAACCAAGUUCAUCAGUUACACAUUCUACUUCCCACACAAGUGUUGGAGACAAUUCAGAUAACCUUCUGCCGCUGUGUAACAAGGAUAAACUUUCAUCUAGCUUCCAAUAAAAUGUUCCUCAGUUCUUUCUGAGCCCUUACCAGAAGGACCUUUAACAUUCAUUUGUUUACCAGCAGUCUGUUUAAGGCAACGUAUGCUUUAUCUAUCAUAAGCGUCAAAAUUCUUACAGCCUCUACCCAUUAACCAAUUCCAAAGCCACGUCCACAUUUCUAGGUAUUUGAUACAACAGGACCUUGCUUCCCGGUACCAAAAUCUGUAUUGGGUUCCUGUGGUUGCUGUAACAUAUUACUUCAAAAGUGGUGGCUUCAAACAACAGAUAUUUAUUCUCUUUACUGUUUUGGAGGCCAGAAGUCCUAAAUUGAGGUGUUGGCAGGGCUGCAGCCCUUCUGGAGGCUUUAGGGGAAAAUCUGUUCCUUACCUCUUCCAGUUUCUGGUGUCUCAUUAUUCUUUAGCUUGUGGCCAAAUCUCUACUCUGUCUUCACAUCACCUUUCGCUCUGUGUGUCUAUCGCUGCCCCUGUAUUAUAAGGACACUUGUGAUGGCGUUUAGGUCCCACCCAGUUUAUCCAUGAUAAUCUCAUCUCAAGAUCCUUAAUUACAUCUGUGGAGACCCUUUUUCCAAAUAAGGUAACAUCACAGGUUCUGGGAAUUAGGAUGUGGACAUACCUUUUGGGAGCCACCAUUCAGUUCACUGCACAUAGUCAUUGCACAUAAAUGUACUUUUCAUUUUUUAAAAUACAUCCUUGGUGCUCAAGCCAAAUUCAAGGUUGUCUCUAACAGCUAUUGUCUGCACAGGCUACUGCAUGCUUUGAUGUUAAAUGGCUGAACAGGCUAUUCUAAAAUUCAGUUGAUACUUUUGCUACUGUGGCCAAUUCGCUUGGAAAAAUAAUUGGUUCCAACUCUGAGCUCUAGUGUAUCUCUUCUGCCCCUUUUAUGGAGUCUGACCAAAUGUCUUGUAUGAUUCAUAACACAGGUAUAAAACUACUUCUGACAGAGAAGCGUUCUUUACAAGCUUAUUUUAGAUGUUAUGAAUCCCUCAGCUGAAGGGAGAGGUGACAGCAAAGCCUACUUUGAAUGGGUAUUGAGGGAGACUGUGCCCGUACCAGGACACCCAGAAGUAUUUCAGUAGCAGCAGAACUGUGGAUUCACGCUCUCAUUUUGCCUCGGGAAUAAACAUCUGUCUCUUUACAGGACCAAGAAUGACUUGCAAUCUAUAUGUAAUGCAUACUUAUCCAAUAAAGUUAAG